ACAGUCGAUGGCAGCACGGCUGAGGCUGUGGAACAGAGAAAGAACGACAUCACAGCAAAAAAAAAACAACACAUCAUCCAUAUAUCCAUUCAAAGAAGCAAUCUCGCGCAUAAAAAUGUUUUGCAUUUUGCUUUGGUUCAGUGUUGACUAUUGGAAAGAAAAUAUUGACUAGGUCAGCGAACGUACACAUCCACAUACACACAGACACAUUUUUAUAGCUGUGUGUUGUUUUUCUAGUUUUUAUUUUCCUUUUCGGUGUUGCGAUAUCGUCGUAUGUACAUGGUUUGAAAUACUUUUUUAGAACUGUAUCGCACGUUGAAUGGGAUAGUACAUACGAUCGCGAGCGGUUGGAAUUUAUUCAUUCGCGAAUCGGCAUCCACAAAGUUAAGUUUAAAAAUUCACUUGAAUUAGAAAUUUAUUCGAAAAAUAACAAAACAAAAGAAAAACAUUAAGUGAAUCGUUCGGGUUUUUUUUUUGGGAACACGAAUCCUUUCAAAUUUUUAACCAUUCAAUUCAAUUUAAAAAUAAAUAAAAGAAAAAGGAAAAACUCUUUCUUAUUCAACUUGUUUUCGUGCGGUGACGUCUUGUUUUGAUUUGUUUAUAUGCUGGACUUAUGCAAUUAAUUAAAACAGAAAUUGUGCCGUUUUAACGUACCGAAUCAAAUGUGUGGGAAAUAUAUAUUUGCAAUAAUUUCCGUUGCUAAUUUAAAUUAAAUCUCAAAAGUGAAUAAUAACGGACAAUCACCGGUCUUUGACCAUACUAUGGCUUUGUCGAUGCUACAAGAUGCUCAAACAGCAAGAGGCAUAGCAGCGGCCUUAGCCACAAUGAAACACGAAGAGGACAUCCGGAUGUCCCUGUCACCUCCCAUGACCAACGAUGCUGCAUCGAUGUAUGCCCGACUAUUCUCAGGUAAUACGCCGGCAAUGAAUAUGCAAUUGAUGGCUGCUAAUCGGAAUGCAGCAGCACUCAUGGCUGCUCAGUUACCAAUGUCGAUGCGAGCAUCAUUGGCUGCAUCGGCCACAAAUUAUUUUCCUCAUCAUCCAGCCUUUCUCGGUUCAUGGCCAUCGCCGACCAGUACUGCAUCGCCACCAAUUUCUCCGAUAUCACCAGCACUAAGUGUUAAAAGUGUUAAGAAAAUCAACAAUAACAACAAUAUAGUUUCAACGACAACCGAAGUUUUACCAAAGAAAGCAGCGAAACGGAAAACUGUUAGCAUCAAAAAGGAAUCUGUGACGCCACCAUUAACGUCACUGGACUUGCCACUGACCCACGACCAUAUGAUGCCCGGACCAAUCAGUCCACCAACAUCCGGUUCAUCACCACAAUCGAAUGGAUCCAUUGAUAACCCGCCUCCAACAUCGACAAAAGAUCCGACCCGCGACAAGUGUUUUACAUGCAACAUUUGUUCACGAUCCUUCGGCUACAAGCACGUCCUGCAAAAUCACGAACGAACACACACCGGCGAGAAACCAUUCAAGUGUCCCGAAUGCCAGAAACGCUUCACACGGGACCAUCAUCUGAAGACCCAUAUGCGUCUACAUACCGGCGAGAAACCGUAUCACUGCAGUCAUUGCGAUCGACAUUUUGUGCAAGUGGCCAACCUACGCAGACAUUUACGCGUGCACACAGGCGAACGUCCGUACACGUGCGAAAUAUGCAAGGCUAAAUUCUCCGACACAAAUCAACUGAAAUCGCAUAUUCUAAUACACAACGGGGAAAAACCAUUCCAUUGUGACCGGUGUCAAGCCCGAUUCCGGCGACGCCACCAUUUGGUACACCAUAAAUGUGGAAUUACUAGUCCUACAACACCUAUCCUAAGCCCGUCAAUGUCGCUGUCCGAUAAUAAGUCAAGUGAUGCCAGCGACCUGUCAAUGGACCUGACAAAACUUCAAUAUUCACUGGACAGUCCGAUGGAUUUGAAACUCGAUGAUGGACAUGAUUUAGAGAAACGAAAUCGUAAGUCGCAUGACGUUAGACGAAUACUACGAAUGCCAGCCCAAAUACCUCAUUUACCUACUGUGCUUCCCGAACAAACCGAACCAGAAGAUUUAAGUAUGCAUUCGCCCCGAUCCAAUCUGUCGCACGACGACGAUUUGGAUGAUUUGGACGAUGCAGCAACGUUGUACAUCAAACAGAGACAGAGUAGGUAUAAAGCACAUAAACGACCAAAUAUUCCGUAAAUUUAGAGAUUUUACCAAAUAAAAAAAUUUAAAAUAAUUGUGUGAAUGGGUUGAAGAAUAUUCGAAAAUGAAUCGGGGGAAUGUGGCACACGAGAACCGAAGUAGUGAAAAGUUAAUCAGAUGCAAUUUUCAUUUGAAACAUGCAGCUGCUUCUUAGUAUACGAAUUAGCUAAAUCGAUCGAAAUUCGAAGGGGGAAUCGAGUACAGGCAACAUAGAGUGUCAGAACGUUUUCUGGGCAUUUAUCCGAUUGUUUCUUUUCUAACUUGUAUGGAAUUUCGGUUUGUAAUUAACCCCGGGGCUGUGACAUCGAUUCGCCACUCUUGGAAAAUAGAUACUGUGGUCGUUACCAUUGGUGUUAUCGGUACCAUUGGUGUUAUCGGUACCAUUGGUGUCAUUGGUACCAUUGGUCCAUCUGUACCAUUGGUGCCAUCAGAACCUUUGGUGUCAUUGGUGCCAUCGGAGGAAUUUCAUUAACAUUAUUACUAUCCGAUUGAUCUUCUUCAUUUUGUCUUUAAAACUGUUAACAGAAUAGGAAGUGGAAUGGCUUUAACAUUCGCCAUUUUCUUCUGCAGAUUUGAAUGCUGAGACCAGAGAAUAUGUAAAAUAAAUUUGAAAUUUAUAUGAAAAUCACUAUAAUGUUAACGUAAUACAAAGAAAUAUAAAAAAAAAAAAAUGGAAAAAUUGAGAAAUAUUUAAGAGUGGAACAUGGAUGGAAUAAAAAACUGAUCGUAAAUUUAUUGAUAUAUCGAUGCCAUAACUAUAUAACUACAGAGUCAAAAAUAUAAUAAAAAAAAUCGAAAAAACCUAUUUAUACGAAAAAGAAAAUCAAAAUUGAUUUCCUCAACAUAAAAAAAAAAUUAUAAAAAUUAAAAGGAUAAAAACUAAAUUAAACUAAAUAAACUAAUCUAUCAGCAGGGAAUAUGAAUAAUUUUCGUUGAAAAAAAAAGAAUUUAAAGGAAAAAAUUUUUUGUUUUUAAUUUAGUUUCGUAAUUUGUACGGGAAUUUUUGUAAUGGUAUACAAGUUCCUCACAAUAGAAAUUCGAGAGAUAAACAUGAUAAUGAUUGUGCAACUUAUUGGAUUUUGUAUCAGUGCGAUCAUUUAUUUAUAAAUAAUAAUAUAUAAAGAUGCUCACUCAAACGUGUCUACCAUAAUUCAACAACAAUAACAUAUAACAUCACAUCAUUCAAUUUGUUUCCAAAAAUAUUACAAUCUUUAAUAAACACAAAGGUGUUCGUCCGAAAUCUAAAUAAUAGCCAGCAAUUCAAAGACAUUGGCUAUAGGUACACGCACAUAAAAAUUCCAGAAAAUAAGAAAAAAAAAAGAUUUCCCAUUGAAUUCCUCUAAACAUUUAACCUUAUAAAAUAGUCGGAUAGUCCCCAUGGGUUAAAAAAAAGCAAGGGUAACAAAGAUUGUAGUAGAGAGGAGAGACAAGAAGAAAAACGUCGCUUUUAUGCCAAUGCAUCUAAAUAACCCAAAAACGGACCAACCGUUAAACCGAACCCCAUAAAUACACACAUAGCUGAUGUACACAAUAAAAACGGUGCGUUCGACCCUUUCCAUAUGCGUCUAGCCAUUGUCCCUUCCUCACAUAAUUGAAUGGCCAUAUGUAAAAUGUGAUAUAACAUUACGAUGUGUAUUGUAUCAUAUGCACGGCCCAUAUAUAUAUUUAUAUAUAUGGAUACACGUAUAUGAAUAGAAACAGUUAUGAAUGCGUACGAAUGUUUUGUAUAAUCCCUUUUUGGCAUUUAUACUUCCUUGUCUUUUUGUCACAAAAUUUUUAUAAAUAAAUUUCGAUUCCAAUGGUAAUUUUCUCGUCGUACUUAUCCUUUGAAUGUAUAUAUAACGCGUUAAAUGGUUACGGUUUAUUGCUGGGCGAUCGGUUGAGAUGUUUCAUUUUUGUCGAUAAUCCGGAGAAGAUCAUUUCAAAAUUCAUUAUCAUGGAUGCAUAAUCUUCAGUUUAUUUUUCCUACAUUUCUUCCAGAUUUAUUUCUCUCUUAUGUAUAUAUACGUUGCAUGCCAUUGCCUGAACUUUCCAUUAUAAUUGCAGCAUAAGAGCUAUAUAUAUUCGUAAUCAAGUAUACAUAACAGCAAACUAUAGCAUCAUAUGCAUUGUAUAAUGCAAUAUUCUGCAUCUUUUCCUAGUGAUCUCCUGCUGCGAUCCGGUCAUCCCACACAAAGGCAGAUUUUUUUUCUUAAAUUUUUGUAAUUCGACGCCAUGAGAUCCCAAUCAUUUAUCUUAACAAUUUUUUUUUCCUUUCGUGCCUUUCGCAUUUACUUGGAUGUUUCUUUAAAUAUUACUUUCAACCAUUCGUACUAUACCUGGAAAUCAUCUUCUGGUAAAAAACAUUUUAAAAAUUGAGAUUCAACAGUUGUGUAUAUUCGUUUCACUUCAUUUCAAAAUAUAUAUACUCUUGAUCGUAUAACGCAAACCCAUGUAUACGAAUUCAAAUUGCAAAAGAUGAAUGUGUAGCACACAACCAACAAAAGGAAAAAUUGUUCUAGUUAAAUCAUUUCCCUGUUUUCACAUUUUUAUUGCAUAUUUUCGUCCUUGAAUAUUUGCAAAUUAUUUUUUUUUCUCUUUUUGGAUUUCUUUUUUUGCAUACGUUUAAGUUUUACGACCACAACUAGGGCACUUUUUCUUUGUAACAUUUCAUUGUACGUACAAGGUUCUCCUCUUUUUUAAUGUUGGCGGUAAAUUGAGGAUAAUUUGAAAUGGUUUGAGUUGUAAAGCAAUUGUAAAUAUACUCUUCUAUGAGCGAUGCUUUCCGUUCCAACAUAAAGUUUGUGUAUGCAAAUCGUGGCAGAGAAGUGCAAUUUUUCGAAUCUGUUAGAUGUUAAAUAUUAUUUCCGAUUUUAUCUUCCGUUUGUUUUCAAU